GCCAUGACUAGGAAGAAGGUGAAGCUUGCAUAUAUAACUAAUGAUUCUGCAAGAAAAGAAACCUUGAAGAGAAGGAAGAAGGGGCUAAUGAAGAAGGUGAGCGAGUUAAGCACCCUUUGUGGAAUUGACGCUUGUGCGAUCAUUUAUAGUCCCCAUGAUUCUCAACCUGAGGUUUGGCCAUCUCUUGUGGGAGUCCAAAGCAUGCUGGCUCAGUUCGAGAACAUACCUCAGAUGGAGCAAAGCAAGAAAAUGGUGAACCAAGACAGUUUCCUCAGAGAAAGGAUCUGCAAAGCCAAUGAGCACCUCAAGAAACAGCGAAAGGACAACCGAGAAAAGGAGAUGACACAGCUUAUGUUCCAGUGCUUGAUUGGAAAGAGCCUAAACAGCCUUAACAUGGUGGAUUUGAAUGAUCUAAACUGGUUAAUAGAUCAAAACUUGAAGGAGAUUCAUAAGAGGGUUGAGACACUUAACAAAGAGGCUAAUUCCCAAGUUGGUGUAGCAUUGGCUUCUGGGGCUGGACCUAGUGGGGAGGUUAAUGAUAUUGCAACACAGCAGGAGGCAGAUAGACAAGCUUCUGAGGUGAACAUGGAAGCUAUGCAGAAGCAGGAAUGGCACAUCAAUUGGAUCAAUCCACAAGAACACAUAGGAUUUGGUGGGGAUGAGGUGAUUCUUCCUUUUUGGGAUAAUAAUCAUAAUGAUCUUUGGUCUAGUGCAUUUUUCCCUUGAGGAAUAUUUAAUUAAUUA